AGGGCCAGACACCAGCCUGUCUGAACAGAAAGGAGAAAACAAGGAAGGACACAGGUGUGUGACUUUCUUUUUCUGUUCUGUGUGAAUCGGUCAACAGGACACGUAAUCUGACAGCCUUAAAGAUGGAUGUUCAAGAGAACUCCCCAGGGGUCAUGGGGUCACUGAAAACGUUUGACUCGUCCGAGUUCGGGAGCUGGGAGAAGAUAGGCUCCGGCGGAUUUGGACAAGUGUACAAAGUACGGCAUGUGCAGUGGAAAACAUGGCUGGCCAUUAAGUGUCCUCCCAGCCUUCACGUCGAUGACAAGGAACGUGCCGAGCUCCUCGAAGAGGCCAACAAGAUGGAGGCGGCGAAGUUCCGCUAUAUUCUCCCUGUGUACGGGAUCUGCAGUGAUCCGCAGGGCCUGGUGAUGGAGUACAUGGAGACGGGCUCUCUUGAGGCACUACUGGCCGCUGAGCCGCUGCCGUGGGAGCUGCGCUUCCGCAUCAUCCACGAAACAGCAGUGGGCAUGAACUUCCUGCAUUGCAUGAACCCACCACUCCUGCACCUGGACCUGAAACCCGCCAACAUCCUGCUGGACGCUCACUACCAUGUCAAAAUCUCGGACUUUGGCCUGGCCAGGUGGAACGGCUUUGCUCGGAACGACGACAUCAGUCGAGAUGGGUUCUGCGGUACAAUCGCCUACCUCCCCCCUGAGAGGAUCAUCGAGAAGGACCGCGUCUCUGACACCAAGCACGAUGUGUACAGCUUUUCGAUCGUUAUCUGGGGAAUUCUCACACAGAAGAAGCCCUAUCAAGGGGAGAACAAUAUUCUGCACAUCAUGGUGAAGGUGGUGAAGGGGGUGCGUCCGGAGCUGAGCGCCGUGCCCCGCAGUCGACCUCAGGCAUGCUCCGGGUUCAUGGCCCUCAUGCAGAAGUGCUGGAACGCAUCUCCAGAUGCCAGGCCUAGCUUUCAGGAAAUUACAUCUGAGGCUGAGGAGUUAUGCUCCAAGCCCCAUGAUGAGUCCAGAGUGUCUGUGUCUGAGCCGGACUGCUCCCCCUGCCCAGCUCCACCACCAGAACAGACUAAGGAGCAGAAGCCAGUGAGGCCGAAGUCAGCCAUGCUGCCUGAGAAGGACUACAGCCUCUCUGAGCUGCUGAGUCAGAUUGACUCUGGAAUCUCCCGCAGCUUUGACCGCGUCAAAGAAGACUGCCUGGAGAGUAAAGACAACACGAGCAAGAGACUGUCAGGGAUUUCCUCUGUGGACUCGGCCUUCUCCUCCCAGGGCUCCAUUACGCUUUCCUUUGAGAGGGAAAACUCGGGCAACGAGUCAAGCGAACUGCAGAAAAAGAAGCUAUGCGACGCCAUCCGCACCGAAGACAUCGCCAAACUGAUGAAGAUCCUCCAGCCGCAGGAUGUAGACCUUCUUCUAGAAGGUGGCAGCAGUCUACUCCACUAUGCUGUGAGCCUGGCCAACGAGGAAGCGGUCAAGUUCUUGUUGCUGAACAACUGCAGUGCGAACCUGCCCGACUCCCGCGGGGCCACGCCCCUCCACCUGGCCAUAGAGAAGCGGCUGAAGAGUGUGGCUGAGAUCCUGCUGAGUCGCAAAAGCACCAACGUGAACUCCAAGGAUGAGGACCAGUACACACCGCUACACUUUGCGGCUCAGAACGGUGACGAGGCGCUCACCCGGCUACUCCUCGACCGCGGCGCAACCAUGAAUGAGGCGGAUGCUCAGGGGCGCACCCCUAUACAUGUGGCCUGCCACCACGGACGGGAGAACGUGGUGCGUGUGCUGCUGAGCCGUGGUGCUGACGCACAUGCCAGGGGCAAGGAUGAGUGGACGGCACUGCACCUGGCCGCAUGGCAAGGUCACCUGGGCAUCGUGAAGCUGUUGGUCAAGCAGGCUGGCGUGGACGUGGAUGGGCGGACGUCAGACGGGCGAGCUCCACUGCACCUGGCCUCGCAGAGGGGACAGUACAGGGUGGCCCGCGUUCUGGUGGAGCUGGGGGCUGACGUGCGGCUAACGUCUGCUGGCCUGAACACGCCACUCCACGUCGCUGCUGAAACUGGCCACACCAGCACAUCUCGGCUACUCCUCAAACACGGUGCUGACCUCCAGAGCCGCACAGCCCAGGGUUUCACGCCCCUGCACCUGGCCGCCCGGAGCGGUCACCUGGCCACCCUCAGGAUGUUGCUAGAGGAGGGCGCCGACCCACAUGACACCGACCACAUCAUGCGCACACCCUGCCAUCUGGCGGCAGAGGGCGGGCACUGCCAGGUCAUGGAGGAGCUGCUGCGGAGGUGGCCAGAGGCGGCGGCCACACAGGAUGAGAGCGGAUUCACGCCGCUCCACCUGGCCGUACGUGGUGGAUACACGGACGCCAUCUGCCUGCUGCUGAGCCACGGCGCUGACAGUGCCCCACCGACCCCCAGAGGCUCUGUGUCUGAGCCGACCACAGAGAUGCCUGGAACACUCCGCAGGAAAGUGGUCAUUCUAAAACUCGCCGAGCAGGAGGACAGCAAGCCGACACAGGACUCCACAUCAUCACUGUGCACGGCUGCUCACUGCUGAGAAACGCUGGGACAGUGAUCUGACUGUAUAGUGACUCUCUCUCAUUCUGUCUCCCCUUCUGAAAGAUCCCGUCUCUGCCGUAAGACCAGCUUGUCUCGCCAAAAGAAAAAGAACUGCCUGGAAGGAAUACUCGGAUUUCUCUGCCACAUCUGUACCACCUGCCCAAUGGCUUCUACUAUAAGGUUGUUUUUCUGCUCAAGAACAUGGAAAUGACUGUUUCUGGUAAUCAUUCAUACAUACAGCAACAGCAGAUAGAGAUAAGGCUUUAAAACACUGGAGUAUCCCUUUAACAUUAACGUUGAACGUCUUUAAAAAGCCACUUUAAACCAUUUCUAUAUGUGAAGUGUUCACAUAUAAAGGCAACUCGCAUUUUCAUGGUAAAAAUAGAAAGAAAAAAAUGCUGCAAGGCUUUUCUUGUGUCGGUGACGGCGUGCUGAUCACGGACUAUGAACAGCACACACGGGAGAAAUGAGGGAUUUCACUGUCCAUCUCUGGUUUGUGUAUAUAAUGUAAUUAUACGGUUGUCGACAUCAUAAUAUAGUUACCUCUCAUAUGUUAUUAUUGGGCUUUGGGCUCUUAAAGACUUCCAACAGCAAUGAAUGGCAAAAGGCCCGUGUAUAUAAAAAUCCAACUGUAAAUAGAUACCUCAGAAAAUAUGCCUAUUAUUGCUUUGACCUCCUCAGCAUAUUCAUUAUUUGCUCCUGUUUUUUAUAUGAUGUAUGAUUUUAUAUGUUUGUCCAAUGAAUAUUACCAUGCCAUAUUUUCUUGUUCCUUUAUUGGCAGAUCAGACAAGUGAUUCAUACAGCCUCCAGGCAAACAUCCUCCAUUUUAAAGAAAUGUCUCUGUGCGGAGCUCUAAAAUUCCUGGCUGUCAGAAAAGCAAGGCCUUUAGUUAAUGUUCAGGUCAGUCUCUCAGCACCUGCAGCAUCAGCCCAUAACUGAUAUACUGGCAGUAUUUCAAGGCUAUUCCAAAUCCAGGAGGUUAAUUAUACCGUUAAAACGAGCUUCGAUGCAUUAUGACAGACAGGAGCGUGUUUAGAACCGCUUGGCUCACUCCAUGGGAACGGGGCCUGGGGGGAAUCACAGGUUGUGUUUG